UCUCUCUCUCUCCCUCUCUCUCCCUGUGCUGUAUAAGUACUGAUCUGUGAUGGAGACCCAAUCACAGUUCACUUUUACGCAGUGGAGAUGAGCGCUCGGAUAGCGAAAUCCAACCCGGCCAUGAAAUUGAUUGUGCUCUUCACAGCUUCUCUUUCCUGGGCCUUCCAGCAGCAGGCUGUGCCGCCAAAGUACCAGUACCGUGACCCCGUUACAUCUGAUCUCCUACUGUGUGACCAGUGUCCUCCUGGAACGGCCGUAAAGCAACACUGCACUGCCGACAAACCCACAGAGUGCCAUCCCUGCCCUGAGAGGCAUUUUGCUGAGAACUGGCACUGGGGCGAUACGUGCCAAUACUGCACAUCAGUGUGUAAAGAGCGACAACUAGUGAAGCAGCGGUGUAAUAGCACACACGACCAGUUGUGUGAAUGUGCUCCAGGAUUCCACCUAGUGGUAGAGUUCUGCAUCACACACAGUACCUGUCAACCUGGCAAUGGAGUAGCAGCUUUAGGUACACCGGUCAGUGACACCGUGUGUGAGCGUUGUCCCCCCGGUCAUUUCUCUGCUGAAAGCUCGUCCACAGAACCCUGUCAACCCCACAGAAACUGCUCCGACUUGGGGCUGAAGACACUGAGAUGGGGAACGUCCACUUCAGACAGCCUCUGUGGAAAUCAGGACAAGACGGCAACGCUGGACUGCUCUCACCAGCACACUUUGUGCCACACUGAUGUGACCCUGUGUGAGGAGGCGGUCUUCCAGUCUCUGGCCUCUCUGCGACUGUCCUCUGUGCCUUUGGAGCGGCUACUGGAGAGUCUUCCAGGACGGAGGGUGGACCGGAAGAGUCUGGAAAGGCUGAAGAAGGCCUGUUCUCCACAGCAGCAGGUCCUACAGCUGCUGCGACUGUGGAGGGAACAGAACAAAGACCAGGACAAGUUGUCUGGAAUCAUACAAGGUGUGAACCACUGUGAGAGGAAAGUGUCCCGCUGCAACGGCCUCAAGAACCUGACCCUGGAUGACCUCCUGCAGGUCACAGACAGCCUGCCAGGGGUCAAAGUUCGACAGGAGGACGUCCGAGCCGUGGCCUCCACCUGUCUGCCCAGGCAGUACAUCCUACAGCUUCUUCACCUGUGGAAAACGGCUAACUACGAUCUGGAUCUGGCCAAAGGUCUGUCCCACAGUCUGAGGGUGCUGCGAAGUCAGGGGGCGCCGCGCUACCUACUGAAAGGCUUGAAGAAAAUCAGCCGCAUCAUAGGAACGACCUCUGCACAUAAGAUGUACGAGAAGAUGUUUGUCAGUAUGCUUCAGGAUGAGUCAUGUUUUAAGCCUCAUAAGCCUUUAAAUGAAUAAGAAAUAUGGAUUACAACAGGAAUAUAUGCAGUUUUAAGCAUAAGCAGACACUAAUGUGUUGUCCAAAAGUGAACACACAUAUGUAAUGAGAAGGGGGUAAGUUAAUGUCAAAGAGUAACAGACAUGGGUCACAUGAUAAGGUCAGGUCAUUGAUUAACAUAUCACCAACGGAUAUAAAGCUAUAGAUUUGAGUACAUAAAGUACCUAAAAGUGUUUUUAUCUGUAACACUGAGGCAGAAUGUCUCUGAUUACAUUCAAACCCUUUUGAAAAAUAUAAGUUUGUUUUGAUUAUUUAUGGUGCCAAUAAUUUCGUACCCACCCUCAGUCUGGACUUUGUUUGCUGAAAUGAUUUUUUUUUUAACAAAAUCUAAAAAGGAAGAAAAAAACUACUACAUUUCUGUGUAUUUCAGACAGACCUAAACAAAAAGUUAUGAAAAUGUUUUCUGGGAACAUUUGACCAGAGUCUGUGAAAAACGAAAAACUAUUUAAGAUGUAAAUAGCACACUAUUUUAUGGAAGACUGGCUGGCAGGUGUUGUGUUUUUAUUAUUGCUUUCUCACUGUUCUAAGAGAAAGGAUUUGGUUUCAUAAUGAAAUACAUGUAUUUUCCACAUUUUCGCUUUGUUUGUUGGUUUGUUCUGGACUGCUGGCAAGUAAAGCUCAUCUAUUUUUUUUUUUAAAUUGUCAGCUUUAUGAAUGUACAAAGGAGUGCAAUUGUUUUCUAUUUAAAAUAAUUUUACUUUCUGAAUAUGUAAAGGCUUGUUUUUAAUACUUUAUCAGAAAUACUGGAUUCCAAAUGCUGCAAGUUCAUGAAGUGAUAUUUGUUUUAGAUUUUGUUUUAUCACUUUUUAUAUAAUUAAAUGUAUGACCUUUAUUGUAUAUAUGCCUUACUGGUCUUCUCUAAGCUUUUGUAACUUGUGAACACUAAUGUCAAAUG